AUGGCGAAUGCAGUGUCCGCAGGGUCCUCGUCCUCUGCCGCCAACGGCCCCAUCCUCGCAGCCGGAGACUGGACAAAGGACCUCAUCCAGCUCGCAAAGACGGCGGAGCUCAAGAAACAUGCACUCACGCUGCAGCUCCACACCGCCCAGAUCCUGUCUGCACACGCAUCGCUUGAUCAGAAAAGUAAAGCCAUAGAAGAUCUGAAGGAGCAAAAGAACAAGUUCAGUCCGCACUCGUCCCCUUGUCAGCUCGCUCCACUCACCGCCCACCCGCGCAGACUCGAAAGCGAGCGCACCCGCCUGCUCAACUGCCUCCUCGAGCUAAAUCAAGAUCGCGACAAGGCCGACCUCCUCGAGGCCACCUUAUCGAAAGAAUGCACAGACUUGCGGCAGAAAAUCCAAACGAUCACAGAUGGAGAGUAUAGUGUGGCUAAACAAGACGUCGACCGACUGCGGCAGGAGCUCGGACAGCCGCCCCUGCCGAGCCUGCAAGAGACACUGGAGGAAAAGUCGACACAAUACCUGAAGGAGCUGCGACUGCAGACGGAGAAGGCGGCAAACAAGCGGGGGGCGCCGGACGAGCUGGGCCCAGAUGGGCAGCCAGUGGGCAAGCGGCCGCGCGGCAGGCCCAAGGGCAGCAAGACGACAAAGCACAAGGGCAAGGAGUCUGCGCAGACUGCGGCGUCGACGUCUGCGAAUGCUUCUGCGCCGGUGCCGUCGUAG